AUGUCGGACGUCAAGGACAUCACGCCCGAUCUCGACAGGCUCGACGCGCAGCUCGACGACCUGGAAGAGGCGCUGGGGCCUUUGCUCGACAACCUCGAAGGAAAGGCCUCACAGCUCCCGCUCCUCGAUAAGUCCAAGCUCUUUUCACUCUCUGCCUACGCCAUCGAGUCGCUGCUUUUCUCAUAUCUGCGCCUUCAGGGCGUCGACACCCAAGACCAUGCCGUCAUGACGGAGCUCAAGCGCGUGCAGCAGUACUUUGUCAAGAUCAAGGCCGUCGAGGAGCCCGAGGCCAAGCGCACUCUGACGGUCAACCGCGAGGCGGCCGCGCGCAUGCUCAAGGCCGACUUGGCCGACAACAAGAGCCUCAGCAGCAAGCUUGCCGAGAAGAUUGCCGAGGAGCGGGCCAAGGCGCUGCUCAAGUCCGUCGAAGGCAAGAAGCGGUCGGCGGACAACUCGGCGCCCUCUGCCGGUCCUGGCACCGAGGAACAGGCGAGAAGUAGGAAAAAGAAGCAGCAGAAGCCGCAGCAUGACAAGAAGGAGAAGGCCAAGAAGCACUAA